AUGUCCAGCUUUCUCAACAAGUUCACCGGCUCCUCAAACGAGGCAGGGAACAACACACAAGGAAACAGCAACAGCGCCAACCAAGAGCAAAGCGGCGGCGGUUUCAUGGACAAGGUGAACAACAUGGCCGGAGGAGGAGCCAAAGGCGAGCAAAACGAGGACAUGCUCGACAAGGCUGUCGACUUCGUGCAGGAAAAGGUUCUCGGCCAGGGUGAUCAGAGCAAUGAGACGGCGGCAGAGCAGGCAAAGGACGAGGCCAUCUCGGACUUUAUUCGAGGCCAGUACAAGGGUACAACGGGGACUGAUUUCCCCAUCAAAGACAAGGACAGGGACUACGGAGUGUAA